CUCACGGGUCGUUGGGUUCUACGUCAUGCACUGCAGAUGUGAGUAGUUCAACAGAAGACGCGACGACAGCAACAGGUCUUCAACAAUAUCUCCUCCCGUGGAGUAGCCGUGGAUGUGACGUCAGAGGCCAUAGGUCAGAGGUCGAGAUGCGGCCGCCCGUGACGUGGACAUCUGUCUGUGGCUUGCUCAGCCUGCUGCUUUCUGUGGCACAGCUCGUGGCGUCAGCGCAAUGCCCCAGUGGCUGGACCCACUACUCCGGGAGAAACUCUUGCUUCAAAAUAUUUUCUACCGAAAAGAGCUUCAGUCGGGCUGCAGUAUUUUGCAGACAAUUGAAGGGCGGACCACAGAACAAUACUAAUGGACAUCUAGCCCACAUCUUUGACAAACAGACAGACGACUUUUUGAAACAGUUGUUGCAAGAGUCAGGACUAGACGCUGUGUGGAUCGGCCUAGAAGACCGGGCCAAGGAUGGAUUGUACAUAUGGGAAGACGGCAAGAGACUGAAAAAUGGCGAUUACACAGGCUGGGUGUCUGGAAAGAACCACCAGUCAGAUGGUUAUGAGUCAGGAGUGACCCUCACAGAAGACGGCUGGACAGAACUGUACUCUCCCUAUAGACAAGCUUUCCUAUGUCAGGUGCCGGCUGGUAAGGUGUUCUCACAUAUUGACACUCCUGUGUUAGAGGGAAAGGGAACGGACUGAAUCUGUCUUGUGUGUCUGUCUGUCUG